CGCUGCCCCGCCCCGGCCCUGUCCCCGCCACCCAUUCCCGCGUGAAAGCGAAAGUCUCCGGGCCCGCGGAGGUCACGGCCGGGGGGCGGGGCGGCGCGGACCCGGGAGCGGGCGCCGGGCACUCGCGGGGCCAUGGAUGGGUUCGGGCGCCGCCUGCGAGCCAGCCUGAGACUGAAGCGCGGCCACGGGGGAACCCCCCAGGACAAUGCAGGAGAGGCUACCAAGGAAACAGAAAGGACCCAGGACCAUUCUCUAUCCAGCUUUGCUGGGGGACAGCACUUCUUUGAAUACCUUCUAGUGGUUUCUCUGAAAAAAAAGCAUUCAGGGGAUGACUAUGAGCCCACCAUUACCUACCAGUUUCCUAAGCGAGAGAACUUGCUUCGGGGUCAGCAGGAGGAGGAAGAGCGACUGCUCAAAGCCAUACCUUUGUUCUGUUUCCCAGAUGGGAAUGAGUGGGCACCACUCACCGAGUAUCCCAGGGAGACCUUCUCCUUUGUCCUGACCAACGUGGAUGGGAGCAGGAAGAUUGGCUACUGCAGGCGCCUCUUGCCCACAGGCCCUGGUCCUCGCCUUCCCAAAGUGUACUGCAUCAUCAGCUGCAUCGGCUCCUUCGGCUUGUUUGCCAAGAUCCUGGAUGAAGUGGAGAAGAGGCAUCAGAUCUCUAUGGCCGUCAUCUACCCGUUCAUGCAGGGCCUCCGAGAGGCUGCCUUCCCUGCGCCUGGAAAGACUGUUACCCUCAAGAGCUUUAUCCCUGACUCAGGCACAGAGGUAGGGGGAGUCAAGGGAGGAGGCUUGGGAACCCCUCUGACUCUCAUCCUCUGUGCUCUGUGCUCCAGCACUCUGUCUCAGUGCAUCCACGCUGCUGCUGCGCUGCUCUACCCCUUCAGCUGGGCACACACCUACAUCCCUGUCGUCCCAGAGAGUCUUCUGGCCACUGUCUGCUGCCCUACCCCCUUCAUGGUUGGAGUACAAAUGCGCUUCCGGCAGGAGGUGAUGGACAGCCCCAUGGAAGAGGUGCUGCUGGUGGAUCUUUGUGAAGGAGUCUUCUUAUUGUCGGUUGGUGAUGAAAAAGACAUCUUACCGCCGAAGCUUCAGGAUGACAUCUUAGCCUCUCUUGGCCAGGGGAUCAAUGAGUUAAAGACUUCAGAACAAAUCAACGAACAUGUUUCAGGCCCUUUUGUGCAGUUUUUUGUCAAAACUGUUGGUCACUAUGCUUCCUAUAUCAAGCGGGAGACCAAUGGGCAAGGCCACUUCCAAGAACGGGCCUUCUAUAAGGCUCUGAAUUCCAAGACAAACCGGCGAUUUGUGAAGAAGUUUGUGAAGACUCAGCUCUUCUCUCUUUUCAUUCAGGAAGCUGAGAAGAGCAGGCAUCCUCCUGCAGGUUAUUUCCAACAAAAAAUACUUGAAUAUGAAGAACGAAAGAAACAGAAGAAACCCAGGGAAAAGACUGUGAAGUAACAGCUAUGGGGAGGAAGACAAACUAGACCUGCAGGCUUGUUCGGCACUUUGGCACUGCCAGUGUGGUAGGAUGGUGGAGCUCUCAGCCCCAGAACCCACAGCCUCCUUCCGAGUCCUGGUGACCAGUUCUUGCUGGAACCUGGUGUGUAUUUUGGGAUCUCUGUUGACAGCUUUGGAAGGACUUUGAAGGCCUGACCUCAAGUUCACAGAACUGGACUAAAGCUGCUUUAUUUUUCAUUUUUGAAGAGGUGACAGUGAGAAACCGUAGUGCAGGUGUUGUAGGUGCUUGGUUAGAAGCUGCUACAACUGCCAUCUCCUAGGAACCACUAUUAAGAAAUUCUCAACAGAAAGAGCUGUUGGGAGCCCAAAAGCUUCAAAAGCCUAUAGACAUUCAAGAUGAUAAUAAAGAUGAAAAUUUUAUUGUUUA